AGACAGUCACUGAGAAAAGUAGAGGGAGACAGGCAGGGCUGGCAGAGACAGUCCCCUGAGAGGUCCAAAGCAUGUUGGGUGGUUUGAACUUGCCAGGAAAUAUCUGAAUUUGGUGAAUUUGCCAUCAUUUGAUCAUCAUUCAUAGAUCGGUGCAGUGUCACACCAUGGAGCUGGUUCAGGCUUCCUUGUUGGAUUUUCCCAACGCUGAUCAGAGAUUUAAGAGAAUUCCACCAAUUGUUCUGGACAGCUUGGUGGAAGAACCCCCAAAACAAGCUGUACCCAAUCACCUGCUAGAAUCUAAAGUUUACACCAGACUUGGCAGGAAUGAGAUUGUCCAGGCCAGUCCAGCAGUUCUGCAUUUCGGUGGCUAUGAAACUGGGAAGCAGCAUCACCAGACCCUGAAACUGAUCAAUAUCUCACAGGAAGUGACGAAUUUUCACAUUAUUCCACCGCAGACCAAACACUUUGCCAUCACUUACAACAAAACUCAGCAGCUGGUUCCAGGACUGGCAUUUACGGUGAAUGUCUUCUUCUCUCCCGAUGAAUGGCGAUAUUACUAUGACAGUGUCCGUGUUCACUGUAAGGACAAUGAGACACUGCUGGUCCCUCUACAUGGUUACCCUGCCAUGAACGACGUGCAUUUUCCAUCCACCAUAAACUUCUCCAGUGUUCCACUUGGACAAAGCAAGAAACACGUUAUCCCCCUGCGAUGCAGCUGCCCCAUCGAUUUCGAGUUCCGCAUUGUUUGGACACAAUUUACAGAAGCAUUCAGCGUCUCUCCGAAAUCCGGAAUGAUUCCAGCAAAUGGUCAGGUGGAUGUGACGGUGACAUACUCCCCCAGGGAUUACGGGACGGCUCAGAUGCAAAUGGAAUUACUGGUUUCUGAGUUUAAUGCUAAACCUCACAAGUGCACCUUUACAGGGAUCUGUAACCCACAUCUGUCCAAAACUAAAGAAGAUUCUGAGCCGGUUUCUUCCUUGGGGAGAAUGGCCGCAGCUGGGAAAGGUUUGCCAGUACUCUCCAGGAAGAAGAGGCAGUUACAGACUCUGCAGCAGAACGCAUCUACCGUCAUUGAAUAUCAGAAUCUGCGAUUUCCAAUUCAUUUAUCCAAUCCGUAUUCGGUGGCCAUUGUACUUAACCAGCAGCCAGGCAGACUGAGAGCCAGAGACCUGAGAGACGCUCUGACAAACGAUAAGGGGAGUAGAAGGCAGGCUAAAGAGGCCCUGUUUGAACAAAGGGUGCAGCACAAUGUCAGUGAGGAGGAGGCAAACCAGCUCAAGUGGCAGGUCUGCCUUGGCAGGGAGCCAAUAUCAGCAAAAAUGCGUCAGACGAUCAACAAAGAGCGUCACAGUGCAGAGACUGAAUACAAGAUCAAAAGUGGAAUCUCAGCCCCAGAGACUGAGUGUAAACGGGAAAUGUUGAUGAUUGGUUCGCAGAGAAUUUUACGCCCAGUGGAUCAGUGUUACUCCGUUCAGCCGCAGUUUGAUCUCCAUGUCAAUAAUCUUUGGGCUGACAGACACCGAGCGCUGAAACGCUUUCAGCAGGCGGCGCGCAAGGUUCUGUUACGCUGCCGAAUAAUUCGCAAAUUGUUUUUAUUGAAGAAAUUUAUUGUAAAUGUGAAAGAGAAAGAAGAUGAAAUUUCUGAAGAUGGUGUCCAGAAUGGAGAUGCUUUGCUGCUAUCUAACAAUCAGGUUUCACACUGCGAGUUUCCAUAUUAUCCUGCAGAGCAUGAGCCUCCUACAGGUCUUCAAUCAGCGGCACCUAAACCUGUUGAUGUCCAACUCAAGCAACGCCUUCCAUACUACAACCUAACGGUUCCUCAGCAUUACAGAAUGAUGGGUUAUCAGCCAAUCAGGGCAUGUGAAACAUCUUCCUCAUAUAAAUCUCCAGCUUUGGCCAGACCACUGCGGACAGGGGCUGAGGACGAGUUGAUACCUGCAAAGGAGUCCUUACCAGCUGAGCCCCUUCUAUCAGGACUGACAGAGCAUGAAUCGAGACAAGAGGGAGAGACCCCCAGAAACCUUUUCCGUAGCCUUGUACCCCCGGAGCAGAUGCUGAAUCCCUCAGAUUACCCCCGGAUGCAUGUGUUUAACCCUGCUCCUGGCCUGCUGGCUUUAAAGAGACCUCUGUCAUAUUCGGAAAUCGACAUGGACUAUCACUUCUGUCCCCUGCCAAAGUACCCUGUCAUGCAGUUACAUGUGGGAAUUUCUGCCCCCAUUAACACACAGAGAAGGUUUCUAAGCAGAGAGGAGAUUCUCCGGGGCACAAUGGUGUGGAGGAGGUUCCCGUCCAUUGCCCUGUCUGCAGCUUCUCCCAGUAUCAGGGCGGGCACACCACGCUGGUGCGAUCCCUUUAACGCGGAUUUGCUUCCACUCGACAUUCCCUCCACAUUGUGUGAUCUCCCAGAGGAAGAUAAGGAGAAUAUCUUAAUGAAGGAGUUGGAGGAGAAGGACAUGAAAGCGUCGCUCACCCCAAACAUGCUGAAAGCUGAAUUCCCUCUGAUACAAAUAGAACCAGGGGACCCCACAACGGUCCCUGAAGAGCUGGAGGCUGAAUCUACAGCCCAGGACAACAACGACCGACUUUCAGAUAAAAUCCGUGAGCGUCUGACACAGAUGAAGAUGUUAUCAUAUAAUAGAAGGCUGAUAUUGCAUUGAAGGAAGAGGGUUAUUUCUGGCUUGCCAUUACGUGAAAUAUUGCUAGAACCGGCACCUGCUACUGCUACUUAGUGUGUGAUUGGUACAUUCCCCAUAUUGCUAGAACAUACCCCCCCCCCCCCCCCCGCCCUCUCCAAACUAGGAUUGGUACAUUCCCCAUAUUGCUAGAACAUACCCCACCCCCCAGAAUAGGAUUGGUGCAUUUCCCGUACCGACACCCCCCGAGAAUAAGAUUGGUGCAUUCCCCAUACUGCUAGUACAGGUACCUACCCCCCCAGACUAGUAUUGGUACAUUCUCUACAUUGCUAGUACAGGUACCUACACUGCCCCAGACUAGGAUUGGUACAUUCCCCAUACUGCUAGUACAGGUACCUACACCCCCCCCCCCCAGACUAGGAUUGGUACAUUCCCCAUGCCGCUAGUACAGGUACCUACACCCCCCCCCCCCUCCCAGACUAGGAUUGGUACAUUCCCCAUACUGCUAGUACAGGUACCUUUGGUCAUGCAGGUAAUACUGAGAUCUCCCCAAUUGCACACUAAUAUCAGUAUCCACACACAAUGCUUUGAUCUAUAUUUGUUGUAGAGUAGUUUUCUCAGCCAGGAAAUUUCACAUUAUCGGCGUCUGAUUCCGCAAGGCAUUUGGAACAAUAGAAAACAUUGUACUGAUAUUACCAAACACUACAACUUCAUUAAACAAGAGACUUUCUACAUAAAA